AGACACAGCCCCUGCCGCCCCACCCCAGCCAGGGUGGUGCUUGUGUGGGAAGGACUUUAAGUUCAGCCGCCAGACCCCUGAUCGGGAGAGGCAGAGAGAGCUGGCCACCAUGCACAGCUCCCACGGCCUCUGGGUGAUGCUGCCACCACUGCUGCAGCUGCUGACUGCCACAGGGCCCACCACAGCCCUCACAGAGGACCAGAAACAGAACAUGGUGAAGCUUCACAACUCCUACCGUGCCCAGGUGUCCCCUCCUGCCUCAGACAUGCUGCAGUUGAGGUGGGACGACGAGCUGGCCGCCUUCGCCAAGGCCUACGCGCAGAAGUGCGUGUGGGGACACAACAAGGAACGCGGGCGGCGCGGAGAGAACUUGUUUGCCAUCACGGACGAGGGCAUGGACGUGCCCCUGGCCGUGGAGAACUGGCACGAGGAACGUGAGCACUACAACCUCAGCACCGCCACCUGCGAUCCUGGCCAGAUGUGCGGCCACUACACUCAGGUAGUCUGGAGCAAGACUGAGAGAAUUGGCUGCGGUUCCCACUUCUGUGAGACGCUCCAGGGAGUGGAGGAAGCCAACAUUCACUUGCUGGUGUGCAACUAUGAGCCUCCGGGCAACGUGAAGGGGCGCAGGCCCUACCAGGAGGGGACUCCUUGCUCCCAGUGCCCACUUGGCUACAGCUGCGAGAACUCUCUCUGCGAGCCCAUGAAAAACCCGGAAGAGGCGCAGGAUUCGCCUCCACUGGUGACCAAGGUCCCUUCCACCCGGGGAACUGACGCGCCAAGCUCCAGGGAAACCAGUACUCAGUCCCUAGCAACCUCCGAGACUACACAUUUCUCCUUGGUAACAAAGGUCUCGGACUCCCUGGCAACCGAGUCCUCACCAGCGGUAGAAACAAAGGCCCCAUCUUCCCUAGCAACGGAAGGCCCCUCCAUGGCAACAAAGUCUCAGUCUUUUCUAAUUGAGGUCCCCUCCGUUUCCUCAAUGCACACCCAGCCCUCACUGGAUGAAGGGCCACUUAACUUCCUCUCAUCAACACAUAUCCUGGUCCCUGAGUCUACGAACAAAGAAGCCAGCAAGUCAAGCACAACAUCCAUGAGCCCAGAGAAAUCUCUGUAUUCCAAGAUGUCCCUAACAGAGACAGGAGAGUCCGUACUCCUGGCACAGGAGGAGGCUGAAAUGGAGGCCGAGUUGCUUGAGGCAGAGGCCGAGUUGCCUGUUUCCAGUGAGGCACUGGUCCCAGUUCCUCCAGCCCAGGACCGCGGUGGGCUGCAGGCCUCACUGGACCACUCAGGCCACCCCGCCUCCACGUCCCUGCCCAACUUGCCAAGUGCCUUGGCUAAUGCCACAGGUGGGCGCACCUUGGCCCUACAGUCAUCCUGGACAGGGGCAGAGGACCCUGAAAAGGCUGGCUUGGAUUUGAAGAAUUCUGGUCAUGUCUGGAGCCCCUUGUUGGGAUUGCUGUUGCCUCCCCUGCUGACAGCUGGCCUAUUCUGA